GAUCAUUUCUACAUUGCUCUUGAUCUCUUUGACCUCCACCCUCACUGUGGCUCCUCUAGGAUUCUGACUAUGAGGUCACCAUAUUCUCAUUCCAACAGCCUCCAUGUUGGCCUUUGAAAUGGGAGGAGUUGGUUGGGAGUUGCAGACACUGGAGUUAAAGAGAAGAAAAUGCUGAGGUUCCAGUAUCUGCCUUGGGCCCUCCUGGUAGGACUUCUGCUCCUCAUGGUGCAGCCUGUCUGGAGCAUGUCAUCCCUGGUUCCAGGCAGCCCACUGUCUGACAAUGAGUACCAGGUCUUCUUUUCUGCCCUGAUGCCCUCCUGGAAGGCAGGUGUGGCCUGCCAGAUCCGACGUACUCAAGGGUGUCAUGACCCUAAAGUCAUCCGUCUGGACCAGUUUGAGAACCACGGCUGGAUCCCAGAGGGCCCUGUCUGUUCUGACCUCCCAGAUGCCUCGUGGUUUCAAACCUUCUGCCAGUUUGCACAUUAUCGCUGCUCCAACCGCAAGUACUACACCAAGCGGAUCCUGUGUCCUGAUAUGGAUCCCCCCAAAGAACAUCGUGCCCAAGGAGAGGUGUCUGAUACCAUGGGCUCCUGGGCAAAAAGCAACUGGUCUUCCCAUGCUGGGUCCACUAGCGAAGCAGCGCUGGGUCAGGCAGACCCCAGACCCAUGAGUCAGACUCCCCUGCUGCAUCCUGACAUCCGCCUCCACUCCAAUGUCAACACUAUUCUGAAAUAUGCCUAUGCGGUCUCGGGCCAGGAACCAGUGAUCAGGAGUCAUAGCCCAGAUGUGCCGACUCAGAGAAGUCUCAAGCCUGGAGGGGACCCGGAGCUGGCAGGCCCCCUGCAAGUCCAGCCAGUCACAGCCACCCCUGAAACUUCCCCCUCAGCCAUGAAACCCAGUGUCAAGACUGGAAGGGCCACAGAGCAGAAGAGGCCCUGGAAGGGCCACAUGCAGAAGAGCAUCCAGCAGCUGAUCAACUCAGCUCUCUCCUUGGAGGGCUCUCCGGAGAUCGAGACCACUCAGGUGCCCCUAGGCACUGCACCAGAUUGGAAGGACUCAUUCAGCAGUGCCCAGGAAGGGAUCCCAGAUGCAAGCAGCAGUGGCAGCCUCUUAGCUCUGGAGAGGGAUGAGGCUCUGGUGAUUCUCUGCUAUGCAAUGCUGGAGGGGAUCUGCCUAUCAUCAGCCGUUACCCAGGCUUGGAAGCGAAUGGAGGCAAGAACACUUGGAUUUGGGGAUUCGGUGUGUGAUAGUCUUGGAAGGCACCACAUGGAACUGUGCCCCGACUGUGCCUUCUGCUCACUGAAGAGGGAGCAGUGCCAUGGGGUGUCAGAUCUGAGACGUGUUCACUGUGAUGUUGGCACCUUCACUACCUACAUCAACCCUGAGAUCUCUGCCCAAUAUCAGGCUGUGGGCAAUAAGGUUGGUUCCCUGGAGGCAAUGGGGUAUUAUGGGAUGGAGGUGUACGGCGGGCUGCGUGCAGAUUAUUGGUGUGGCCGCCUGGCCACACACGGCUGUGAUGACCCCCGUGUGAUCCUUUGGCUGCAAGUGGAAUAUGCUUUCUUCCAAGGAGGAGACUUCCCAAACAAAAUCUGUGACUCAGAUGGAGUUCAGCACCCUAAUUACUGUGCAUUCAAGAGUCACCAGUGCCUACAGCGCAGCCUCAGCAGCCAAAAGGUGCUUCGUCAUGGUUGCCGCAGGAAUGAGACAUACCAAGUGCUGAGUGAAGAGAAAGGUGAAGAGGAGGUGCUGCUCUGGAGCCAGAAAUUCUUCAGCUUGACUGAGGGAUGA